AUGAGAAUGGCAUCCAGAGAAAUGCUGAUCAUAUUAUCCGUCCUCGCAAGUACACUCAUCGGUCUAGCAGUAGCUACAGACCAUACCAUUGGUGGUCCUAGUGGUUGGACCGUAGGCAGUAAUCUUGGAACUUGGGCUGCAGGACAAACAUUUGCUGUCGGAGAUAAUCUUGUUUUCGCUUACCCUUCUGCAUUCCACGACGUCGUUGAAGUCACCAAACCUGAAUUCGACAGCUGUCAAGCGGUUAAACCGCUUAUAACGUUCGCUAAUGGAAACUCCAUUGUUCCUCUCACUACUCCUGGAAAAAGAUACUUCAUUUGUGGAAUGCCUGGACAUUGCACGCAAGGGAUGAAACUUGAAGUAAACGUUAUCCCAACCGCAAACGCAGCACCAACCGCACCGCUUCCAAACUCUGUUCCAUCUCUAAACGCACCUUCACCUUCUUCUGUUCUACCAAUACAACCUCUUAACCCUGUUACUGCUCUCUCUCCUUCUUCUUCUUCUUCAACUCCGCUUCCUUCCUCCUCUCUACCUCUUAUUCCGGCACAGUCACCGGGAAUUUCUCCAACGGCUGCAGCGGGGACUUCUCUGCUGUUGUUCCCAGGCUCACCUGCCAGCUCGAGCAGCACAACCACCAAAACCGUCGGGAGCUUCCCUUCUAGUGGUACAGGCACGACGGCUGAUCUUUCCGGCGCAGGAGCUCCUCCGGUUGACUCCUCUUCCUCUCCGAAAAGCCUUGUUUUGGGAUUCGGUUUCGUGGUCGCUAUGAUGCUUCAUUUGUUCUAGAGUGUUUAACGAGUAGAGAGAGAUUUGUUUGCAGAGGUUAUGUGUUUGCCUUUACUUUCUUUUUGUUUGAUUGUUACAUGUUGUUUUUGUUUGUGGCCUCGUAUGUGUAUUUCAGAAUUUACCAUUGUAUAUCGUACCUUAUAUAUAUCCGACUGUUUAUUGUAUAUC